AUGUUACCUCUUAACCAGUUAUGUGUCGUGAACGGAGAAAUAAAACUCUGCGAAUUACGUCACGCCGGAGCACCGAUAGAGGCAGAAAAAAAAGAUCGUUCUAGUAUUGGCUUUUCUACUAUACGAAAGCAAAUACAGCAAAUUUUCAGCGAUGAGAGAAUCACGAGAUCUCUCCUGAUAGCCCUGAUAGUUGAGAGAGCCUCAUUUGCUGUUAUCCGGCGUUCACAAACUAUAGAGUUGUUUGAUGUUCCUUCCAUCCGUCGAUACUGUAAAUAG